AGCGCCUGGGCGUAUUUAUUGUCAGUCUUACAUGUAGCCGAAUUAAAUGGUAACAUUUCUAUGUGCGGACACAGCGCUAACAAAACAAUAUGUGGUGUUUUGUGUCGCAGCUCAAUUCCGUGGUUUUGGAAAUCCAAGUUGAUCCAAAAGACGAUGGCCAGGAAUGUCUCGAUAAGGUCUGUGAGCAGCUUGGGAUUAUAGAAACUGAUUACUUUGGACUGCAGUAUCGAAGUAGCAAGGGGGAAACACUCUGGUUGAAUCUUCGAAACCGCAUUGCUCAGCAGGUGACUGGACCAGCACCCCAUCGUCUUCAGCUCCGAGUCAAGUUCUUUGUGCAGCCACACUUCAUAUUGCAAGACACAACAAGGCAUCAGUUCUACUUACAAGUGAAGCAUGACCUACAGUGUGGCACUCUUGAGGUAACCAAUGACGACCAGAUAGCACAGGUGGUGGCGUUGAUGGCGUAUGUGGAGUAUGGCGACCCUGUCAAGAACAGCUACCAGCACAAUCUGUACACUCUGCUCCUGCAUGGUCUGGCCGACCCCACGGGCAAGUUGAUGAGUGACAUCCACAGUUACCAUCUUCGCCUGAUCGGCACGCCUACGGCAGGUGCCGAGUACCGGCUCCUGCAGGAAGUGUCCUGUCUGGAGCAUUAUGGGACAGAGUAUCACGAGGCCCGGAUACGGUGUGGUGAUGUGGUGAACAUUGGCGUCGGUCCGCAGGGAAUAUUUGUACACAAUUCACGCACCAACGAAGCCGAAACGAUUGCCUACCCUCUAAUCCAGAUGGCGACACAUGUGAUAAAGCAGGUGAUCCUGCGAGUGUUCAACGAGGCGGGGGAUCCCAACAUUCCGCUCAUUUUCAAACUGACCAGUGUGUCCGCGGCCAACGCACUGUACCGCUGCGUCACAGAGAUGCACUCGUUCUACCGCUGUGAUACGGUCCGCGAUGACGUCUCAUCGCAGUACAGCAGAGACUUGAAAGGAACACUGAUAUCUUUGUUUUAUGAAAAUACUUCUCUAGGCAAAAAUUAUGUGUUUGAUAUAAGACGCACAAGUCGCGAGGCUUAUGACUAUGCUAGGAGGCGGUUGUACAGCACAGAACAGUCGUGCAAUGCAAAUGGAUGUAGUCAUGUGGACGAUAGUAUGAUAAACAACAACUGUGAUGCAGAGAGUACGAGUACAGUGUUUGUGUGCAGGUGUCAGCACCUGCAGGACAAGUUAACGAAUAUUGAAGACUCCCUACGGUGCUGUGUGUGUAUGGACAGUGUGAUCUCCACAGCUCUCAGUCCCUGCUGGCACGCCAUCUGUUGUUCGAACUGUGCCGACCGACUCAGCGUGUGUCCGCUGUGUCGGUCAAGCAUUGAGCGUGUCCAGCACAUCUUCCUUCCCACAAUACAGCUGUGGCGGUCAAAGACUUCCUUAAAGCACGAUGACGUUGUUAUGAAGGAUGAAGACUGAUUUGGGUUUGGGUUUUUUGUGUGUGUGUUUUUUUUUUUUUUUUUAUCAAUGUGGAAUGUUGUUUAUGUGGUGCAAGGUAUGUGGUUCUCUUAUAAAAUGGCAUGGUACUGCUGGCUCAAACUUAAGUUUUAUGGCAAAUGGUAUUCAUGUCUGUAUAUCUGAGGCUUAAUUCGCUAAAACAAACAUGAAUGCAGAAGAUGUUUUGUGAUUAUACACAACAUAAGCACAAGAUGUGAUAGGUGAGGUGGAUAACUGCCGCCCCCGCCCCCCCUCCAGUGCUGAAGCAAAUGUUUGAAUUCAUGCAAAAAUUAUGGAGACGUUCGGGCAAAAUGAGCUGGCCUGAAACCUUUUAACGGUGUAUAUCCAUCAUUCUACUCACAAUAUUUGUUGUAAUACAUGUAAAAAUGCAUAGUGAUUUAUUUGCAACCUUAAUGCUGAUAUGA